AUGAGGCGAAGUUAUGCUAAUGGCUCUAAGAUUAUUAUUGUUGGAGAGAGGUCUGAGUUGCUCUUCAAUGUGGUUUUUGCACUUAUAGUCAAGAAGCUAGUCCGAAAAGAUGAUUUUCCUGAGGAGUUGACUUGUAUUUUGUCGGAUAGAGAAGUUGAGUUUGGUAUUGAGCUCUAUCCUGGUUUCUCAAAGAUUGAUUUGAGAUUUGGGUAUUAUCAGUUGAAGGUGAACUAUGCAGAUGUUAUAAAGACCACGUUUAGGACUCAUUAUGGGCAUUUUGAGUUUCUUGUCAUCGCAUUCGAGUUGGCAAAUGCACUUGUUGCAUUUAUGGACAUGAUGAACCGUGAUGAGCAUGAUGAGCAUUUGAGAGUGGUUCUUCAGAUUUUGAAGGAGAAGCAAUUGUAUGCCAAGCUGAGCAAGAGUGAGUUCUGGCUUCGAGAGGUGGUUUUUCUUGGACAUGUUGUUUCAGCUGAGGAUAUUUGGGUUGAUCCGAAGAGGUUGAGGCGAUCUUGGAUUGGAAGCCACCGAGGUCUGUGUCUGAGGCCAAGAAAGAAUUAUGUAUUCGAGUGGACUAAUGAGAGACAGAAGAGUUUUGAGAAGCUGAAGUUGAUUCUGGUGGAAGCACCUGUAUUGACACAACUAGAGUCUGGUAAGGAGUAUGUUGUUUUCAAUGAUGCUUCUUACAUAGGAUUGGGUUGUGUGCUGAUACAGAAGGGAAAGAAAGAGUUAAACUUGAGACAGAGGCAUUGGAUUGAGCUGCUGAAGGACUACGAUUGUGUGAUUGAGUAUUAUCUGGGUAAGGCGAAUGUUGGUGCUGAUGCCAUGAGUCAGAAGUCCUUGAUUGACUUGAGGAUGAUGUUUGUGAAGUUUUCAGUUUCUGAGGAUGCUGAUUUUGGUCUCAAUGCUAAUGGUGUCCUUUGCUUCAGAAGUCGGAUGUGUAUUCUGAUGGAUGGGGAUCUGAGACAUAUGAUUCUUAUCAAGGCUCAUAGUAGUCUAUAUGCUAUGCAUCCCGGUGGGAAUGAGAUGUAUCAGAAUCUUUGGGUUUUAUAUUACUGGCCAUGGUUGAGGAAGGACGUAGUUGAUUUUGUUGCUGGUCAAGAUUCUAGAGUGGAAAUAGGAGCAUAUCAUGAUGGAUUUUGUUUCUGGUUUGCCGUUGACUCAAUCUUGAAAGGAUUUAGUUUGGGUGAUAGUGGAUCGGUUUACGAAGUGUGCACAUUUCUUGCUUAUAGAGAUCCACGGUUCAUGUCAAGGUUUUGGAAGAUGUUGCAUGAGGCUUUGGGUUCAAAGCUUCACUUCAGUACAAUGUAUCAUCCACAGUCAGAUGGUCAGUCUGAGAGGGUGAUCCAAAUUCUUGAGGAUAUGCUUCAGAGAUGUGCUAUUGAUUUUGGUGGCAAUUGGGAGUGA